CAAGUCAGCUACCAUGCCUUCCAUGGCGACUCAACGAUCCAAACUCAACCUCCCUCUCAAAACCAGGAUCUUCAUCUCCCUUCUCUACACCGCCACCGGCGCCGCAUGCCGCUCCGACGGAUCCAUCAACCGCCGUCUCCUCCGGUUUCUCGACUACCAGGUCGCCCCCAAUCCCAAACCCACUAACUCCGUCUCCACUUCUGAUACCACCGUAGAUGCUUCCCGCAAUCUCUGGUUCCGGCUCUUUUCUCCUUCUCCCCCUUCUGAUAUCCUCCUCCCCGUCGUCGUUUUCUUCCACGGCGGCGGAUUCACCUUUCUGAGUCCGGCUUCACAGGCUUACGACGCCGUUUGCCGCAAAUUCGCCCGUAAGUUCUCGGCUUUUGUUGUUUCCGUCAACUACCGUCUCGCUCCCGAACAUACCUACCCGUCUCAAUACGAAGACGGGCUCGACGUUCUCAAGUUCUUGAACGACAACCGCGACGCGAUCUUACCGGAAAACGCCGACCUCUCACGCUGUUUCUUGGCCGGGGAUAGCGCCGGCGGAAACAUCGCUCACAACGUAGCGGUCCGAGCUUGCAAAGAGGGAUUCGGAACGCUGAAGCUUAGAGGAAUCGUUUGCAUUCAACCGUUCUUCGGCGGAGAGGAGAGAACGGAGGCGGAGUUGGAGUUAGUGGGUGCACCGCUGGUUUCCGUUCCGAGAGCGGAUUUCUGCUGGAAGGCGCUCUUGCCUAAAGGAUCGACCAACCGCGACCACCCAGCGGUGAACGUGAGCGGACCCAACGCCGAGAACAUAGCUGAGUUAGAUUUUCCGGCGACGAUGGUGGUGGUGGCUGGAUUCGACCCGUUGAAAGAUUGGCAGAGGAGGUAUUAUGAAUGGCUAAAAGCAUCGGGGAAAGAAGCGACAUUGGUAGAAUAUCCGAGCAUGAUGCACGCUUUCUAUAUAUUUCCAGAAUUACAAGAGGCUUCACAGUUGAUUAUGCAGAUCAAAGAUUUUAUCAACCACUGUUGCUCCAAACCGAGCUGAUCUGGGAAUGGAUCGCCAUUAAUGUCCGAUUUGAUUGCAUAUUAGUUGUUAGUGGGUUUUCCAGUCAACGAAUCCAAUUCCAAGUCUCCUCCUUGUACUUUUUAAAAAAAUAAGAAUAUCUUUUUUAAUUUAAAUUUUUUUUUUAUA